GAAGGAGGAGUCCUAAAUGAAGAGAGCCUGCCAAGGGGAGUGGCUCAAACCAGCUCGGCAGAGUUGUUUUGUCUUCAGCUGGGACAGAACACCGGAGAACAGGGAUUGACUUUUUCUCUUUCCACUCUCUGUCCUUCAUUUGGUUCAUUUCUCGUGGAGUGUGUGUGACCCCCACCCCCUGCUGCCCCCAUGGAUAACUUCCAGACUGUCCUGCGUUUCUUCACCAACCAGAAAUCCACCAUUGGCUACAGCGUUAUGGCUCUCAUGACUGUAGGUGGGGAACGAAUCUUCUCCGUGGUUUCCUUUCAGUGCCCGUGCAACCACGAGCAGAACUUUGCCUAUGGGCUGACCUUCCUGCUGGGCCCGGCUGUAGUGCUGCUGGUUUUGGGUCUCUUGUUCACCGCCAGGUUGUGGAGGCUCUACACUGGCUGCUGCAUUAACCCCAUGAAGCUGUGCCCCCAUGGGAACUGCUUGGGCCACCUCCGGGUGUUCAUGAGCAUUUUCUGUGGAGCCAGUGUGGCUCCUGUAAUGUGGCUCUCUGUGGCCCUGCUCAAUGGGACCUUCUAUGAGUGCGCGGUCAGUGGUCUGGACGAAAACGUGGUGGUGGACCUGUUCUGUAAAAACAAGACGGCGGCGUGUCGGGAGGAGCUGGCCCGGGUGCCCUGUGAGCGCUCCAAACUGUCCAGCGAUGAGCGCAUGGAGCUCCUGCUCAUGUUCAGGGCCCAGUCCCAGAUCCUGGGCUGGUGUGUGAUCAUCACCGCUGUCGUCGGGGGCCUCCUGGGUACCUGCUACAAAAACUGCCGCUCCAAAGUCAGCUUCCUGCAGCUCACCUUCUGGAAACGCUACAUGGAACAGGAGAAGGAGCGCUUUGAUACUCUAGCUGUGGAAUACGCCACCAAACUGGCCGACAGAAACCUGCAGAGCUUCUUUGAGAACAAGGAGCCGGCUCCGUUCCCCUUCCCCAACCACAGGGCCUGGGAGGAGAUCUCUGCAUACUACACCUUCACCCAGAGCGAGCAGUGUUACAGCACCCUGCAGCGCUACGUGGAGCGGACAGACAGGGACUUCCCAGAGACCAAACCUGUGUUGAACGUAGAGUAUGAUGGAAGAGAGAUGCACUGAGAAACAACUGACUAGGGUUAUUAAAGUGCUCAUAUUCUGCUCAUUUUAAGGUUCAUAAUUGUAUUUAGAGGU